AUGGUUGUGCUUGGCUACGGAUCCAUCCACAGCUCUCAAAACUUCCUUCGCACGCAAUACUUUCGCCUUGUCGACCCGUGGAUCAUGGCCCCAAUGAGCCAGCCGAUGGAUCAGCAGAUCACCGCGGAGGGCCCGACCAUCGCCAUCUUCAAUGUGGCAAUGAUCGGCCACGUGAACCCUACCUUUGCCCUAGUGCAGGAGCUCUGCAAGCGCGGCUGCAAGGUAAGCUACUUCUUGCCGCCUGUUGCUCCGAUCCGUGCUGCCGCCAUCGAAUCCGGGGCAGUUGUGGAUGAGGGCCGGCUGGAGCGCGCUGGCGCCAUCCGCAAGCCUUACGGAAAGGCUAUCCAAGAUAAAUUCGGCGUUGACUUGCGCUGCAACCUCCUGACACGCCGGCAGUUCUAUACAAAGACGAACUUUGUCACCACUUGCGAGGACUUGAUCGCUGAGCUGCCAGCAUCGGGAGAGCAGAAGUGGGCGGAUGAGCUGCGCACGGAGUUCAGCUUUUCGGCAGUCGGCUGCCUCGUCAGCAGCUCUGCGCCGCAUGUGAUCACAGCACGGUCAGACAGCUUCAUCCC